AGCGGGGCCCCGCGGCGGCCGCUCCAGCGGCGCGUACGAACCCAGCCGUGUUCCGGACUCGCGUCCGUUCUCCGAUGGCGGUGACCAGCGUGUGCGUGUACGACGCCGGACUGCGCGGCACCACCACGCGCCCAAGGAAUGCAGCUGCCGGCGACUUGGCCGAUGCGCCGGAUCACGCUGUCGUUGACGGAAAGACUUUUCUGGACGUGAGCGUGAGAAACCCGAUCCUGCAUCACGUGAAAGGGGACCUUCACACGUCGUACGAUAUCGCUAUCGAGACGAACAACAGCAGCUUCACCAUGUCGAGGUCCGUGGUCCGGAGGAGGUAUUCGGAAUUCCGCCAUCUCCGGUCCCUGCUGAACGAGCAACAACCGUCUCUGGUUCCACCACGCAUGCCCUCCAGAACGUUGCUGUUGAAGAGAUUUGACAGCGAAUUCAUCGAAAAUAGGCGCAGGGGGCUGGAGUCUUUCUUAAGACGGGUGCUGAGCGAGCCGCUGUACCUGUCCAACAAGAGCCUGCACCUGUUCAUUCAGACGAACCUGACGAUGGCCGAGAUCGAGGACGUGGUCAGAGGUACGGACGCCGGGAACAGUCCCGAGGCCAGGCCCCCCAUCGUGCUUGCCCUGCGUGACGACGUCUUCGACGAGAUUGGUCCACGCGAGGCCAACUGACACGCAGCAGAGGGAACUCCUGGCGACGACCCUCGCGUGGACUGCUCUCAACCGGCCACACCGCAGCAGCGCCCGCACGACCGAUCCUGUGCAGUCUAUCGAAGAGCCAGUCUGGGUCCGCGCUCUGUAGCUGGACAGGAACCGCCUGGCGAUGCAACGACCACUUUCCCACAGAAGGCCGGCAGCCUGUGUCAGGAGUUCCAAAGCAGCAAUCGGGUGUAGACUGGGAAGAACCGGCAUGGGACGUCACACAACCUACUGGUUCGCGCCAGUAGCUUUGGUAGCGUUGUGCACCAAGACUGAAAUAUAGCUUCACCUAGUGUAGCUACUCUGCAAAUAGAGCUGUACUAACGAUAGUUAGAGGUGCGCCUAUUGAAGAUUUUGAUUUUCAUCGCGUAUUUUCGAACCUACUUUCACGGCUUUGUCAUUAGAACGCCAGGCGCUGUGCAUAUGACUCGCUCGAGAAGGCUGGCGUGCGAACCUGCAGACACGGCUUUUUGUCCCGACCGCUAGAUAGAUGCCGUGGAUUUCGCGCGCCAUUAUUUGGUGCACAACUAUUUCGUGCUGCGUUGCGAAAGCCUAAGCGUAGCUUUCAUGGUGCUGAAGCCCCGCGCUGCUGCGAUAGCACGUGCACGCGACUACCUUUUGCAUUCGCACGUCCCGGUGCAAGUAGCAAUUGAACGUGUUAGAGCACUGCAGAAGCUACGCUAGCCUUUACAAUGUAGCACAAAAUAAUUGACGCCGGGUGUAGAGUCACUGAGUGUGCUCUAGGUGCUACUAAAGCCACUGGAUCCUGGAAAAUAGCGCCAAUUUCUUCAUGUGGUUGUGAUCCAUGCAAUAGUAAGCGAUUUCUCCUUGAGCUUUUCAUUCUUUCGCGAGCCGAUUCAAAUUCGUGGUGACAGGUUGUUUUAGAAAGGCAUUUCUUGUAUACCGAGAUUUUGUUAUUCACACACCGACAAAACAAGCACACACCUUCGCACCGCCACCACAAGCGGCAUCGUUGCCUGGCGGCAUUGAAAAAUAAUUUCCCGGUCUUGACAUACGCAAGAAAUACACAUCGCGACAGAGUUAGCGCGAACACGACAUCGGCGCAUUUUCGCAUUUUACUUCUAAAUAGUAUUAGCGAGCACGAAAUUUUAUCGCUUACUUUUUCGAACUAAAUUAGCUCUUUCCAUAACUUGGAUGACAUCCCUUGGUUUCAAAGAGAAAAACUGAAAAACCGGCGAUCGCUUGUUCACGCUGACAGUGUCGCGCUCUGUACAAUGACAUUUUAAGAGAUGUGUGGAGAUAAGCAUGACUGCUUUUCUUCGCAUCUUUAGUACGAUGGAGGUCCAUGGCGACCUUGGCGCGGCUGGUCCAGAUCAACCCUUUUGAAGCUUCGAAGAUUUGUAUGGACCGAAAUGGCGAUUACCAUGGCAACAAAGACCAAUCAGCCAAUCGAUUUGCGAGGUUUCGGUCGUUCGUAUCUGUUUGUCCUGCUAGCAGGCAGGAAAGUCAAUGGCACUACUUUCCCGUCCAGUGACUUUGGGUGCGCCAACUUUUAUGAUCUAACUCUGGUACAGACGCUUUGCGCACGCGCCAGAUUACAGCCGCCAUUGCUGUCUUUCUCUUGUCUCACCGAGAUACGGAGCCACUGAAACAGUCGUUGACGAGCCUCUACAAAAGCCGAUUCUUGGUAGGACACAGUAGAAUCAAAAAUGGCAAUAACAUGGUUUGCUUUGGUAAUGAUGAAGUGAAGUAAAUAAAAUGAGGGGAUACAAAACUGGAGGUCGGUUGUAGCAGCUCUUAUGCAUAGCUGCUGCUAAGCGUCUACAGACCCUCAAUAAAAUUUGGCUUUCUUGCAAGUUCAGACAACCAUUGUUGUGCAAGCUCGCGAGACGCGUGCCACGAGCGAGUGGUGCUCUGCCAUUCGUUUCCAAGGGCCGCUUAUUUCAGUGCAGCACUAUCAGUUGCUUCCAAGAACGGCACAAUCGAUGCACGUCCUCGUGCACUGGCGUACUUGAUGCUACUUGUAAGUUAAACAACGAACACGCUCAAGGGGCCUUAUACCUCGCUCCAAAGCGGGGCCACCUUGGUAACAUAAAGUCCUUGUACUGCUCCUCAGGCAGUGUGAAAUGUCACACUUUAAUCGACGUCACAUUAAAGCUCCUGUAUUCGUCGCACCAGUGCGACGACAGCAGAGCCUGUCGUAGGAUGAUGCACCACGUGCGCCUAAUCGGUGCUUCAACAGUCAAAACGCACCAAUGUUUUUGUUUGUAUUUUUGUUUGUGUGUAGUGGUUUACGGGCCUGGUGUUCGGUAGGCUGUGUUGGCUAAAAGUCCUUGGUCCUGCUUAUGGGGCAUCUGUCAAGGUACAAGUUGAGGAGUGACCAGGUGUAUCUGCAUCUUGGUUUUUGUUCCCCUCGGUUGUAUGUCGGUGCCCUCUCUUGGUUUUCUUUUCCGUUAUUCUUUAGGGCUGCUUUUAGUUCCAAGCGUACUACCAACUUACCCUAAGAUUGAACCCUAAAGCCCCGUUUACACACUUGCAACCGAGUAGGACCGAAAGAGACAAGACCGGUUUUUGAUCUUCUUGCGACGGCGUACGACCAGAUGCGGUGCUGCGGAGCGGGCCCUACGCCGUCGUAAGAGGCUUUAAAAACAAGUCUUGUCUAUCUCGGUCCUAUACUCGGGUGCAAGUGUGUGAACGACGCUUUACGUAACGGGCCGCGAGGCAGUAGUUGGGGGCACAUGCUUUCUGUGGAAACGCGCCUUUUGCCUGAAAACGGCACGCAUAUUUUCCUGCGCAUCGUCCUGUUUUUCCCGAGUUAGUAGAUAGUUCUUAUGCGAUAACAAUACCUGACGCCGAGCAAGUACUAUUGCGCGUGCAUUCUAUGAUCGGUGUCGCUGGCAGACGAGUCUUUUUGAGAGUUAACUUUCGUGGUACCGGGGCUAUGAAGGAAAUCUGGUGGUAUUGAUUAAUAUAAAUAGUGUAAUUUGAAACUUAGGAUUGUGUUGCACGGUGUUUUUGCGCGGUGCUUGGUUUCAGUAUCGGCUGGGUAUACAUAGUGAGUGAACCAUAUUCUCAAGUGCACAGGAGUAUCCGGCACAGCCAAUGGCCCCUUUAUAACCUACGCCCUCAGGUAUUCAAUAAAUGAAGAACUUGACGUGGCUGACUUCGGGUUGCAUUUAGCUGGCUUGCACUUCUACAGUCAAUACUUAUUUCAGCGACUGCUUUGCAGUAUGAUUUUCGUGUCAUGCUUUUGGCGCUAAAAAUCUGGCCGUGAAAAGGGCAAAACAGCAUAGAGCAUUAAAUAUUCCUUAUUUUGCAUACAUGUUGAAACAUUUUUCCACUUUAUUAUUCCGGAAAGUGCGUCGGUUAGCGUCUCAUCAACCUGCCCUUGGAAAUUAAGCCACAGGGAGCCUCAGGGGGCGGCCCACACGGCUCGAAUUCUGAGCGGAACGUUGGCUCCUGCUCCAGCGCUCACCGCGGGGGCCCUUUUCAAGUACCUCCCAUUGGCUUCGACUACCGCCCUGUCCCGCAAAAUGUGCCGCUCUUUGAACAACUAUAGUCAGUGGCAGAAUGAGAACGGGAGGGUGUGUCGUUCGAACGCCCGGCCUCCAGCACGCGCUCGGUUCCUGCCGUCGUGCUUUGGCUGCAAGCGCGCGUGCUCGAGUUGCAAAGAAGACGCCGAAGCCUCGUAAAAGAUAGGAAGCUUGCGGUGGGCAAAUGAAACUCCUCCCUGCCGCUCUCACCUUGUCAGGCAAUUCCGCGCAGUUUUCGAUAACGUUACCCGCGUUAUCGUUACCGGGCUUCGCUAUCAUAGUGCAGAAAGGGCCUCGAAAGCACAUCAUACAAAAGGCAGUCUGCAGACACUGUCUUCCAAUUGUCUGACGGUCCCAUUGAUCGUACAAAAAACUUUCUGCAGACAUGUCCGAAGCAUGCAUAAAACAAACAAGCUUGGGACAUGCUUGUGGUGUGCCCUUAGAUGUCAUAUCUGCAGCGUGUCCUUUCAAGGAUGUCUGAGCGGUGGUCCACGGACGUUCUA